AUGGAGCCGCCUCAACAGGCCCAACAGCCAGCUCCCCAGAGCCCUCCGCCAGCUCAACCACCUUCCGGCGGCUAUGUCUCCAUGGCGUCCACCACUGCGAGACCACGAGGUGGUAGAACAGCUUGUGGGCCAUGCUCACGCCGGAAAAUACGCUGCGAUGCAUUCGAGCGCGAGGGACAGCCCUGCUCAAACUGUGAAAAGCGCGGCCAACCCGACGGCUGUACCUUCAACGACGAUGCCCCGCGGUCAGGUACCCGAAGGUCAAGAGCUAGUGAUGGAGCUACGUCUCCGAGCGCACCAAGACCAAAGAAACCAAGACCCUCAGAAACGGCGCAAAGUGUACUUGAUGGUAUACAUGCUGCUAGCACAACUUACGCCGCUGGACCACCGUCCAACGGCUCCCAUGGCCAAGUUCCUAGCUGGGGCUCCGCUGUGAAUGCGCCGCCAGCCAUAGCAUAUCCUAGCAAGAGCUACAACGUUGUUCCAGGACCUCAGCCUCAGCAGCAAUGGCAACCGCACACAACGCAAGGUCCUCCACAGCACACAGGAUAUUACGCGCCGAUAGAACCAGUACCAUACUCACAGCCAGCCUCCCACGAUCUCAAGGACCUUCUGCCAUCCCACAAGACUGCUUUGAGGUACUUCGAGGUCUACAAGACCAUCUGCCAUCCACUGUAUCCUGUGAUACCGGAUCUGGAAGAGUUCGAAGCAGCUGUAUGUCAGUAUGUCGAAGACAUGAGUAGUGGCCGACUCACUUACGACCUUGCCUCUUCUACUGGAAGAGCUCGAGCCGCACGGCUAUCGUGGCUAGCACUUCUCACAGCUACCGUCGCGACAGGCGCACAAUACUCCGACUUAUCUAUCUCCGAGCGGGACAGCUUCGUGACUGACCAUGUACGCAACGCUCAAGAACUUCUUCGCCAAGCAGACUACCUUGGUCGACCCGAGGAGAAUUGCAUUGGCGCUUUACUACUGGUGUCUAGAAUCAUGGAAAACGACAUCAUGCCGGAAGCUGCCUGGUCUACGCUCGGCAUGGUCGGUCGCAUGGCAGAUCUCGCCGGUCUUCAGGAGGGCAUGAACUUCGAAGAGCACAUGGAUGUUCGCGUUCGAGAAGCCACAAAUAUUCGGCACCGCAAGCUUUGGUGGUCAUAUCUCUGGCAAGAGUACAGCCUAGCUCUUUGUUUCGGCAAGACUUCGAUGGUACAAGUCACGCAUGAGGAGCCCCCUGUACGCUCUGCAAACAAUCUCUCGUACAAUGACUGCAUGCUGCUCCUCUGCAAGCUAGCUAUAUCGGCGCGACCUGAUCCAACAGCCGAGCGGUCGAGUCUGAAGACAGAGAUAGAUGCUCUGGCGACGGCUCGACACCUCCAUGAGAAAGCAUUACCUCGACUCGCGGAUCGUGCCAAUUGCAGGACCAUCCAAGAUCGGAUUGAAUACUACUCAUUACGGAUUUCGCAAGGCUUUGUGGUGUCGUGCAUGUCACAAACACUGAUGAAGGCGUGCGCACGAAUGGGUUGGGAUCAGCAGAGCAAGCAUCUACAAAGCAUGUGCAAAGAGGGAGCAUUUGAUUGCCUCCAAGCUUUCGUUGACAUGCAAUCAUUCAGUGUCGUGCCCCUAAGGACAUGGAUGUUCAUAUUCAGCGCGCUAAGCUCGGCGCUUGUUCUGGCAGCACUCUCAGAUGACACUGAUCGACCUCGAAUACAGGAACUCCAGCGCCAACUACUCCACAGCUUAGCAGAGAGAGAUCGGGAGAUGGAGCUGCCCCAUCGACCAGGCUUGUACUCUCGUUACCCUAAAGCACUCAACUUCCUCAGAGACGUCAUUCAGACAGACGCAAACAAUAUCAACGGAAGCGGCAAGCGCGAAGAUGGUGGACCUCCUCCGUUGGGACAGACCUCUGUUAUGUCAGAGCAACAGACUCGAGAUCUUCUCGACCCUGCUGUGGUAUGGACCAAGUUGUUCUCUCCAAAAUCUGCUGGCGAUUCAUAUCCAGCCCAGCACACUACUUUCGCCAGAUGA